AUGCCUAGGUUAUCAUUUUCCACCACUUACCAAAAAAAAUCUUUCAUGUCCAUAAUGUCAUUGACUUGAUGUUAUUUCUUUCACCUCUUUCCAAACGACGAAAUGGCCGACACAAUAAUUGACACACAUUGCUCCAGUCAUGCACAACAGAGACCAUGAUGCCUCACAGCUGACAGUUUCCACCUGGAGUGACACUGGAGUCCCUGUCCUCACCUCCGUGGCAAAGUGCUCACAGUUGGCAAAGAGCAAGUUGUAGUAUUCACCGAUACGCUGUCUUGCUCUCUCAAUGACUCUUGUUGGUUGGUAGGGACUAUAUUAGACCAUGCGGAUGAUCUUUGUGUGGUGUGUCAUAAAUGUCUUCCUCUAACAAUCUGCCGGUUGCUGCUUCCUCUUGUGGAUGACUGUAAUAGUGUUGCAGCUCACCACAUUCACCACUAUCAUGUGGUGGUCGUACAAGCGUUCAUUCACCUUGAUGUGGUCCCCUGGCUUUAGUUCAUCCAGACGAGUGAUAGUCGCCUCAGUCCUAGAACUGCUGGCACCCAUAUUCAAAAUAGCUCCGUCACAUAUGCCGCAACUGCUGGCUGAAUUUAUGGUUAGCAAUAUUAGGUACAUUACCCAGGGGUUCACACCCAUGUCCCUAUGAGGGGUCCCCUUGAGGUUACUAGAUAGCGUGCCUCAUGUCCUGGAGCACAGACCCUCCUAAAUACCACACCAUCUUGGAAUUGGGGUUGGCCCGCAACAUUUUGCCCCCACCCCCCUCUCGAAAGUGUGUGUGCUAAAGAAAUGAGCGGUUAUGCAUGCAGAGGGUGAGUGUUGUCAUGAUCAUCUUCUGAAUCAGAGUCUGAAUCUCUCUUCUUCCUGCUGCUCCCACUGAAGGCAUACCACAGACCAGCGACAGCCAUCGCAUUCCAACUGCAGCACCCGCCUCUAACCUUCACUGCAGUCUGACACUGAUACUGAGCUCAUCCCCAGUGCCUAGACCUCUGUGACCAAGAGUAUCUAAUGUCUAGCCCUUGCUGUAGGCUACAAUAUCAGGUGGUGCAUGAGAGCUAGAGCCGUGGUGGCGAUGAGAGAGCCUUACACUCCCAGGGUUCCUGGCCUUCAGAGAGGUGGACUCUCUCGAGAGACUCAGAGAAGUUCAAAGACAACACCCACAACAUUAUCCUCAGGUCAUAUUGGUGGAUGGAAACGGGAUCCUUCAUCCAAAAGGUUUGGUCUGGCCAGCACCUUGGUGUCCUGGCUGACAUACCGCAGUGUUGGGGUGGGCAAGAAACUCUACCACGUGGACGGCCUCGAGAAGUGCCCUGACCACAAACAAAGAAUCCAGACUCAGCUGAGGAAAAGAGGCGACUAUUUCCACCUCAUAGGAGACUCUGGCAUGAUCUGGGGAGCUGCUGUGCGUACGUCAGCUGAGGCCACCAACCCAGUGUAUGUGUCAGUUGGCCACAAGAUCUCACUGGACACUGCAGUGGGUUCUGGUCCUGGCCUGCUCCCUCAAUGAGAGUCCCUGAGCCUGUCAGGGCACAGGCGGAUCUGCUCUCAAGAAAAUAUGCUCAGGAAGAAAAGAGGGCUCAUAAAUGACCAGCAAUUAGCUAAACACAGAUAAAAAAUGUGUUUCUCUUAUUUUUGUAUAACAGAUUGGAUUAGUGUGUGUAUGAUAUAAAAA